AUGACAACUAUGCACAUUGAUGGGCAUUUUGCAGAGGUGUUUAAUCUGAUAACCGUGCUUCUAUCCAAUGGAAAUCGAAUUUUACUUGUUACGAAAAAAGUAAAGAAUUUUUCGCAACAAAAUUUGCGCCAGGAACCGGGAAUAUCCGUAGUAAUAAUUGGAAGAGCCUUAACGACUAGAGGAAAAUUAAUUCGAUUACUCAGUAAAAUUAAGCAAUUUGAUCUGAAGCCAAUUGAUCAACUGAGAAAUUUCCCGAUAGUAAUCAUUGGUCUCUGUGAAAAAUUAUCAAAGCAACCUAUUUCUAUGCCUUUAUUACGAAGACAAAACGAAAACUAA